AUGUCUUCCCCUCCUCGCUCGCCGAAGCGAAAUGGUUUGAUACUGGAGGAGCAACAGUUUGUUUACGACGACGAGAAUUGGCCGCUGAGGAACCAGAUGCCGAGCCUGACAAUGUCGCCGACUUGUUCUGAGGAGAGUCUGAUGCCGGCAACACCACCGAACGAGCCCAAUGAAUCGAUCCUACUUCCGGGCUUUCACUUCUCAACCACUGAUGAGAAUGUCGAUCCGGCUGAAUUCCACCGCAUAGCUGCCCAGCUACUAUCUGGAGAGUCGUCGAUUAAGAGAGAUUCCGGCAUCGCCGAGGAAUACACCCCACCAGUCCUGGAGAGGCAUCUACAUUGUGACUUGGGAAAGGACCCAUCUGGUCGAUAUUGCUGCUCGUGUGGAAAGUCAUACUCCACAUCUUUCCGCCUUCGAGAGCACGUGCAAGCCUGUGCAGGAACCUCAAAGUUCCCAUGCCCGACCUGCGAUAAGGUGUUCGAGACGAAGGAGAAGCGGGAGAGACAUGUCCAACAACGGCACAACGAUAACAAGGAGGCUUGCCCCGAGUGUGGUGAGGAGUUCCCGGCGAACUACCUUCCAAAGCACCUAGCAAGUGGCCUCGGUGGAUGUGAUGGGAUGAUUCAGGCCUCGAUGGCACCAGCACCUGAAAUCGACGAAGCGUACAGAGAUUCAGCAACUCAAUCAUCAUCACAGCAAUACUGGAUCUACGAGGGCGAUCUUUCCUGGAAUCUGAAAACGACAGCCUCGCGAGACUCCAAAGUAGACGACGAGGUAGAAGACCAAGUCGUAGAACAAACCAUGUCCUACGUGAAAAAACUCCUCCGCCGACCCAUCUCCUCCCCGGCAACAGAAUCCUGCGAUCUCUGCGGCGAGUCCUUCCCCUCGGACGACGACUCCCUCGCCCAACACAUCGGCUCGCACAGUAUGGACUUCAACGAAAAGCGGCACCGCUGCGACGACUGCCGAAUCUAUUUCGCCAACGAAAAGGACCUCGAACGCCACCUCCAAUCCGCAAACCUCAACCACCACUGCGGCUUCACCUUCCGGCACAACUCCCCCUCCUCCUCCUGCACCGGCCACCACCCACCCACCUACUUCAAAUCCAGCCUCGCCAACGACCACAACCUGAUGCAGAAACACCUAUGGGCGUGGGAGCUCUGCCAGCUGCGCGCGCACCGCGUCACCGUCGCCCGCCUCCUCGCGGAACGCCUCACCUCGCCCCAACAGCAAAUGUCCCUGAGCGACUGCCGAAGGACCUACCUCUCCCUCCUCCCACACAUCUCCGUCGCGAGCAGCAGCAGCAGAAGAGACAGCAGCAUCCGCACCUCGUACUCCUCCGUCUGCAGCGACGACGUCGCCGAGAUGAUCGAUACGCAUUUCAGCCGUAUCAUUUCCGAGACGGCCGACUCCUUCUCCCUCUCCAACAUCAACGAGGAAGAAGAAGACGGCAAUGUCUCCGCCCGUCCUGACUCCUCUGUCCUUUCGAACACGACGAAACGCAUGUCGAAACGAAAAUCCCUCGUCGAACUCGCUACUAAACGCGCCGCCCAGCAUCGCAGGAACCGCUCGAAUCCCAUCGAGUACCUCAAAUCGCAGGCUGUGAAGGAGGUGGGAAGGCCGCAGAGUUUGCCGAUGCCGCCCAUGGGCGUGGGAGUGGGCAUGGCGGCGCUGCCUGUGGCGGGGAGGUUGGUGGCUGCUUGA